UCAUGGAGUACCCCAAGCGCAGGAAGAAGGUCUCACAAACGAUCAUGUACGGCAGCCCUGAAUCGAUGCCCGUGUGGAUACAAAAGUUCUUCGGGAAGCCCGUUUUCGACAACUUGAUCCACGAAGGCGGCCCGUGCUCCAGGUGCCGUGCCAAGCGUGCCGCCAAGUACUACGUGACAUUUACUAUGGAGGAGGACUGGAUCGAGCCUACGGCCACCGACGACGAGUGCGAGUUCGGGGACGGUCCCACGAUGUCGCCACCUCCCUCUGUGUCGCCAGGCGGGGAAGAUCGCAUCUGGUACGAUG